CCUGGGAGCCUUGGUUGGAAGUUAAUUCGAGUUCAGAGCAUAGUUCCAGUAAUGGAUCCAGAGGGCCUUUCUCGUGGCUCCGAGCCAGCCGGAGUGUUUGUCAAAUUCCUGUUUGGCUGGGAGUCCAAAAUUGGUUUCGGCAACUAGUGGGCUGGUUCGCAGCCGGCGAGACCGCCCUUCGUCAGGGUCAGGGGAGUGCAACUGAGAUAGGGGAAAGGGAAACAUGCCAACUACCGCUAACUACUGCCUCUAUGAACUCUAUGAAUGAUGGACGAAACUUCAUACAGGUCUCGACCAAUCAGAGCCUAAACAAGCCAAUUUGAAUACCCACAAUUAUAUGCGGUAAUCAAUUGGUAAGUAUGAAUUUUGAUUUGAUGUGGGUGCCAGAUGAAAGUAGACAUUUGCAAACGAAAUAACAGCUCCAUGUUGAACAUAUUAUUUGUGUAUAUGAAUAUUAUGCUUACUACCACAAAUGGCAGUAGAAACGUAUAAUUCUUUCAGGCCUAAAAUUUUUGAGGUUAUCAUGAACUGUCAUCUAAAUUAUAUUUUUUUAUGAUAUGUUCUGCAACUUUCGGUGUAUCACAGAUUUCUGUUGAAUGUGAAGGAGUUCUAAGAGUACCGUGAUGGUGUUAUAAUUUUUGUAUUGCUUCAUGCAGUAUAAACAUGAAAACUAAAACUUGUGCUGCUGCUGGGUGCUUGUCAUCCAGCAAGCAAGGCGUGAGAUUCUUCAGUUUUCCGAGGGAUCCAGCACGGGCUGCGGUGUGGGCAGGGAAAGUUGGAAUAUCCCGCACUAUUGAUUCUGCUACAAGACUACACAAUAGAUAGUCGUGCAGCAAAUAUUUCCUGGAAAGUGAUUUCACUACAGCUGAAAGGGUACACCUGAAAUUGACGAAAUGUCAGUCAGGGAGAACUUGCAUUUCAACCAGAAAUUUGAAUGCAUCGAGGGUUUUGAGGAUUGUGGAAGCCAGGGCAGGACACACAGUAUUGCAAAUCAUGCCCUAGUUUUCAUGAUCCGUGGGCUACGUGGAAGGAACCAGUAGCUUACUACUUUACUCAUGGAAGCACUAAUGCAGAGAUGAUUGUGCAAUACUUGAAGGAGGUUCUUGAUGCCUGUCAGAAUGCUGGACUGAAGGUGGUUGCCACUGUGUGUGGCAUGGGGGCCAACAAUGUCAAGGCCUUGAAAUUGUUGGGUGCUUCCAAAAGGAAACCACUUCAGAUUUCAUAAUCAAGAAAUUGCAACAGUAUAUGAUCCUCCCCACCUCCUGAAGUGCACCCGAAACCUAUUCCGGAAGUAUCGUGCAGUUUAAGUCUGAGCAUAUGGGCAACAAACUUCCUGCUGUUGCUAAGUGGGACCCCAUAUUGAAACUGCAUGAACCUGACAAACCCAGACUGCUUCGUCAGUUGAUCAAGCUGACAGACACCCACCUGAACCCCACUGCACACAGCGCCAUGAAAGUCAACAUGGCUGCUCAAGUUUUGAGCCAUAGUGUUGCAUCAGGCCUCUACGCUCUAGUGGCUACAGGAGAGUGCUUCAGUGAAAACCUGGCAACAGCUGUGUUUGUUGAGGAGGUUGACAACCUCUUCGAUAGUUUCAAUGGUGGAAUGUGUGUUGACCCUUGGAAAAUGCUGCAUUGCCCGCUCAGUGAUAACAGUCCCCAUAUAGAGCACUGGAAAAGGGCAAGUAUGGGGAUAAAGAGUUGGAUUUUUCUCAAGGAUGGUAAACCUGCCUUUCUUCAACCUCCUCCUUCACAGAAUGGGUGGCUGAUUGACAUCAUUGCUGCCCAGCAUGUGUGGAGGAUGCUGAAAGAGGCGGGUUUUGAGUACCUUCACACCCGAAACCUGAAUCAGGAUCCCCUUGAGAACACAUUUGGGGCUAUUCAUUUGAAUUGUGGUUCGAACAAUAACCCAACUGUGGGACAGUUUGUAGAUGCCCUGAAGACUAGCAUCAUCAAUGGUCUUGCUUUUAAAGGUCUCAGAGAGAUUAAUUGUGAGGAUGAUGGUGCUACUCUUCUGGAUAACCUACAUUCGUUGCUCAGGGAACCUGAAGCUGCUUCACAAGUCAUGGCAAGGAAACCCCUGCUGUUUUGCCUGAGAGUUUCCAUGUUGCUCAGCAAGUACAGAUGGACAUGAGUCCUGCAGUACCUGCUGGUGACAUUGAAGUGCUCUCAGUAGCUUACGUCAGUGGUUGCAUUGCCAUGCAGGUGCUUCGUGUUGUCAGCUGUGAUGCAUGCAAAACAUGCCUGACAUCUGAAGUGCUGCUGUCGGCUAAUGUCUUCAUAUAUUUCAAGGAGUGCAGUGAUACAGAACAGUCUCUGACCUAUCCUUCUGAGAAGCUUGUGGAGGCUGUUGGUACUGCUGUAACUCUAAUGGAGUCUGUGAUGUCAGAGGUGGCCCACUUCAAUUCAGUGGAGCAGCAUAUCACAGCUGCCAUUAAGAGCAACAUUGACUUUGAGUGGAUUAGGUGUACUGGUUGUUCACUUCACUACCAACGAAUAGUAGAUGGUAUUGUGAGAUGUCUCACAAGAAUUUACAUUCCUUGGUGGUGUAAGCGAACAAACAGGUUGAUGACUGAAGCA